AUGGAGUCCGAACGUACCAAUCUAUCCAUUACUCUCCCCAGGAACUUCAUGUUCCACUACCGCGACGGUCCGGCUCCACGAACGCCGGAGCCCGAGUCACAGCCCGAAGAACUUCAGCCACCGCCGCCUCCACGGCAAGUCCUCAAGGUCCGCCGCCGUCGCACCACCUUGGUCAUAAACCACGAUGACAUGGAAGACGCCAUGGACCAAAGGCCCAUCCCAACCAUCGAAACACCAGAGCUGCUCUCAGAAGCUUCGACAGGACUGCCCUCGUUUGCACCACCCCAGGACGAUGCCUUUCUCUCCCCGGGCUUCAGCUACACUCGUAUGCUGUCCCCGCCAAAGACACCCGUCGCCCAAAUGAGGACCAUCAGCAACUACGACGGACCCCAGUAUUGGGCUGACAUCGACCAAGCAAACCAAAGCGAAACCUCCAGCCGACCAACCUCGUCCUCUGGCUUUUCGGAUUCAUCCAUCUCCUCUUGUGAUAGCAUCGGGUCCUUCAUGUCGAGGGGUGGCAGCUGCACGAGCCCGGAAGAGGACAUGACGGAUCCAUUCCUGUAUUGCUCACCGGCCAUCGACUACAGUGGGCCAGCCUCUCCUUUGGCAGCACACCAACAGCCGCGUCCUACCAAAAAGCUGAAGUUGAGGGCGACCUUUACGGAAGAAAUGGACUACCACCUCUGGAUGACUUACAUGAGGUAUCUGCAGGAUCCCACAGUGACUCCGUUCAAAGCUCUUCCAAGCACCACGCCGCCCAAUGGUGUUUGUCACCGCGUGGCUAGGAUGGCUCGUAAAACCUGGAAAGGCCCUCGCCCGUCUCGUGCGAGCACACUUCGAGCCAGCACCCAGUAUGCCUCUCGCUCCGGCACUCCAGACACCAUCAAGCCUGCAAAGAGCGGCAGUAACACUCCGGUAGCUAGACUCGGCAAGGCAUUCCUGCGAUACCCGUCAGAGAAGCAAUGUCGGAAGCGACUGCGAGAUUUGGCUAGACAAAAGCCAACUCUUUCUGCCCAUUAUCAGCGUCUCCUCCGUCGCUCGCCCUCGCCAUUCCAGUCAUCCCCACCACCGGAAGAAUCCUCGUUGCAACCUCCACCACUAUCUUCGUCCUUCUCACAAGGAGCUGCUGCCUUUUCAACUCGAGACAUGAAUUUUUCGUUGGCGACAAGCACCGCCGCGUCUAUGCAACUGGGUAAUCCACUAUCGCAACUAGCGAAGGAUAUCACCCCCCGACCAGUUGAGAGGACAUGGUCGAGUGUGCGAUCUUCAGCACAUCAAAAGUCGCAGUCUCUUCACAUCGGACUGGGCCUGGGCAUUGGAGGUAUACUCGGAUCUCCUUUCAACGACUCGUCCGAGAGGAACAAGGCACGCACAAGUCAGCACAACGCGCGAACAUGGCACGCGCCAACAUCCUCAUUGACACAGCCGCCACGCCUUGGCUCUCCGUUCCAGCUACACGCACCACGCCCCAUCUCGAGGGUAUUCAAGCGACGUGCGCUUCAUAGCUUUGAGGACAAGGCGCGAAACCGUGGCGACAGCUUUGUGAAUGACUUGUUCGGUGCUCCAGCAGAGUCAAGUCACCGUCGGGUCAGGAGCCGUGGCUUCAGUCUCGGUGACAUGAUGGAGGGUUCCAGGCGCCUGCCUCUUGCAAACGACCCAUCUGGGUUCAACCCCUUUGCAAAUUUCAACACGGCCAUGCCGAGCCCUGCUCUGCUCUCACCAGCCCUGUCGGCAGAAGUCCAAGGACAAGCCACUGUCCGUUUAGGUUCACCUUUCGUAGGUCGACCCAGCAACACUUUCCCUCGAGCGACGACCGCGCACAGCUUCGAGCCACCUACAUCGUUUGAGCAACGCCUUGCGGCGAUGCCUAGCGACCCCGCAUAUUUGCAUCGCUCCUAG